CGGCGAAGUUAAAUAAUUCGACCGAAACCCAAUCAGUCGGGCGGAGCCACAAUAUGAUCUCAUGCGUUCAUCCAUAUAAAUAGGGCGCCCACUGGCCAUGUCUACUUUUUUUUUUCAUCAUUCUUUUGUGCUGUGCUUUUCGUUUCCUCGUUUUUCUCGUGUGGUGUUGACUCUCUGCGAUCGUCCAUUUUUACUGGCUGUCAAUCUUAUAUCUGUAUAUUCACAUUUAUCCAUCAUGCCUAUGCUUCAAACUACCACCCGUACUGCUUCCCAUGGAUCAGCAAAGACCACCACCCAAUUGCCAAUGUCAAGAGACGCUCUGUUAAGACUGGCCCGACGCGAAUACGCCCGGCAACUGCGCAAUCAUACCAAAGCUCAACUGGAUCGACAACAUCAAUCAUCAUGUUAUAGCGAACAUCUUACUCCAAAGGUCACACCUGAACAAGUGACUCUCAAGCAUUAGACAUCCCAUUUGUACCAUAUCUUUUCUGUAUUCUGUCUAUACAUUCCAUUGCAUCUCGUCUACACUACAUACUUGUAAAUAAAAAUUUCUUUGUGUUUCCCGUUGAUUUCAUUAAUUCUUUUGUUUUCUUCCCUUACGCCAUCCUGCUUCCGAUCUUUUGUCUAAAUAUAUGAAAAGGAAAAAAAUGCCGGUUGAAGUUG